AUGGAGCUCACAUUAUUAUUAUUCCUCCCGAUAGCAUUAUUAUUGGUAUCUCUCUCCACUUCGAGUUCCAUCUCGGAUAACGUGUUCGAAUCUCAGACCUCGGUUAGUGGAAGAAACCUUCUUAAUGCCAAGAAAAAGUGUGAAGUUAACUUUGAGUAUCUGGACUACAAGGUCUUGACAAGGCGGUGCAAAGGUCCAGCGUUUCCAGCUAAAGAAUGUUGUUUGGCGUUUAAAGAGUUUGCAUGUCGUUACGCGACUGAGAUCAACGACAUGAAUAGUGAUUGUGCACAGACAAUGUUCAGCUACAUGAAUAUUUACGGUAACUACCCUCCUGGUCUUUUCGCUAACGAGUGCAGAGAAAGGAAAGAUGGACUUGUUUGCCAUAUACCACCUUUCUAUUCACCAAACCUAAAAGCCUCCUCAACCGCUGAUUCGAACCCUCCUCAUCUCAUCACGCUGUUGAUCUCUGCUGCGACUGCUGUUUUGGCUUUCUUAGUGCUGACUUGAUCAAUCAGAGGAAAGUGAAAGAGCUAACAAACAAUUUCACUUUGAUACCUUAUUAGUUAACCAAGUAGAUAGA